CUGAGGAGCAGAUUCACAGCAAAGUCAUGACCAUCUUCCAACAGUUUCUUCUUCCCCUCUUUGUAAUCCAACUUAUCUUGAGGGGAGUCUCAAAUAAGCACAUUCAAAGAAACCUGUUCACGCAACGAUUGUGCUGCAGAAGACAGAGUCACUUUGUGUACAUUGGAAAAGACAUCUCUGGUAGUCCUGUAAAUGUAGACGUGGGGAUGUGCAAAACACACUGUGGAACAACAAUAAGGCCCUCACAUGACGCAGGACAGCAGGAAUACGUGAAAUAUGCCUCAAUGCUGGAAUUCCUCAGGAGCAAAAGGAUGAAGACCCACGGACCCGCUGCCUCGGAGAGCUCGGUGCCGCUGAGCCAGGUGCCUUCGUGCGGGAUGAACCAGGUGUGUGAGCCGACCGCGACGCGAGUGGACCGGAUGCUGCUGUUCGACGGAGCCCGAGAGGUGGAGGUCAUCCAGGAGUGUCAGUGCGAAAUAAAGCUGACCCAGUGCCUCCGAGUCCCAGCACUGAAGACGUACUACUCAGAAACACCGUAUGAGACGGUGCUGGACGUGGGAGGAUGCUCCCGGUCCAAAGCAUCCACAGAGAGAUUCUCCUGCGUUCCCACCAAGUUUGACUCAGCGCUGCUGGAAACUCCAAACCAAGUGGAUUUGAUCCAGACUGUGGUGGCUUGUGAGCUGAAGGAGAGCUGCUACAGGGUCCCAUAUGUGGAGUAUUAUUAUGAAACUGUCUUCCAUGGAGACGGAGUCAAAGAGGAGAGGCUAAAAGAAAUAGACGUAGGCAGAUGUUUGGGAGGCUGCUCAACAGGAAACCGGUGUCUUCUCAGGAGUCCAGAUGACCCAGAAAACUGCCACUUGUGGAGCGAGAGCCACACCAGCUCUUGUGUUCCUCAAGGAUAUGGAAGCCACAGCUUCAUCAGCCAGCAUGGACAGCUGCGCACCAUCCUCUCCAUCUCCUCCUGCAUGUGCCAAAACUAA